UCUUCAAAAAAACACACUUCCGGCUUCUCGAAAGGUUUGUAAACUUCCGGUUUACCCGGAAUCGUUGUCAAAGACGCAGAAGGCACUCCUCCAAUGAAAAGGGUAUGGCGAAUUUAUUGACAAUAUUACUAGUUUUGCUGCUGAUCUCUGCAGUAGUUUAUAUCGAUGCAGGCAACUCAACUGCUGCAAACUUCACAACUAGUACUCCUGGAAGGGCGACUGAAAAAAACCCUACUACUGAAAGAACAACUUCCAAAAAUUCUACAAAAUGCUUGUCAAGCUUGAAUGAAAUAGAAGCUGAACUCUCUUCGAAAGUUCCUCCACUACAAGGAUUGAAAUUAGAUAACUGGAGAAAUAUUUCAAGAGCUCUAUUCCCUCUAUUCCAACUACCGUCGUUGUACGUCAAAGUAACCCUACGACUGAUCAGUGAUGAAUUAAAUCAAAACGUUGAUAAAGUCAAAAAGUUUACUUGGGCUGAAAGUUGUGCCUUUGUGACCGAUGUUUCUCUUGAAGCAGUAACUGCAUUCUCUUUGGGAACAGUAUUGCCACAGCGAAGGCAAACGGAAUUGGUUUUGACAGUGCAUGACUUGUGCAACGAGACRGUAUUUGAGGAAAAUGGUUUUAAAGAUGAAAACGAUAUGUGGAGAUACGCCCUUUUCACGUUGCAAGACAUUGCCAUCAUGCCCAAUUUAUCAGAUCCCCGAGUCAACACAGCACAGUGUGUGGUGGCAGGUCAUGAAGGAGAUGUUGAUCAACCCAUUGUGUGUCCAGACUGGUACAACUGGAGAGGAAUCUGGAUAGUAGUAGCAUCUAUCCCAUUUACAAUUGCUAUUUGUUGGUAUGCGUAUAAUUGGUUAGACAACAAUACAAACACUAAGUUAUCCAAGACUUUUCUAGGUUCAGCUCAUAUUAUUGUUAUAAUAUUGCCAAUUUUUGAAGUUGUAUACAUUGUAUUUGGAGGUUGUAUCUGUGAUCAGCCAUGGAACAAGUGGUUAGGUAUCAUCCUUCAUUUUGGUUUCCUUGUUCUCUUUCUAAUUAUCAGUAUAUUUGUAAAAUGUAAAAAAUGGAAAAGGGUUGUGGUUCUUCCGUGUACUUAUCAGCUUGUUCACCAUUUGUUGUGGGUGUUAUGUGGUGGAAUUCCAGCUGAUCCUGCCUGGGCCAUUCCAUUGUUCUUAUGUGAAUGCUUUGUUGUACUGACACUCUUAUGUGCAAUAUAUUUAUCUUUAAAACAUAAGAAAGCAAGGCGUCAUCUUGAAAUUUUUGCAUUUUCAAUCUUGCUUGGCAUUUUCAUAGUGGUGAUUUCAUUUUAUGGCUGUAAUGUUGCUGUAUCAUUGACAGACAAUCUGUUGGUGAUCAUCAUGGCUGGUGCUUUGGUGUGGCUGUUUAAGAAUUCUGAUUUUGGAAAAAUCAUAGGCACAGAUGAGGAAAAAGGCACAGGCACAGAUAAGGGGGAAGGCAAACGCACGGAUCCAAACGCACAUGGCAGCAGCGAGGGGGAAAGCACAGGAUUGAUGCACACAUCCACUUUAUAGUUUCGCUGUGUUUCUGUGAAAAAAAGAGCCAGCCUUUGUGUCGAAGUGAGGUUGCAGUUGAGCUAGCUUACAAUAAAAGAUACUCCAAUAAGUUCCAAAUCUUUUCCUUAAUGCUAGUUUGUGAAUACCUUUUUUUGGCACUUUGAAGUAAUCAUUAAUUUAAUUUGGCAAAGCCAUUACAUUAAAACACUUUUUCAAACAAAAUUGUACAUUCCAAGUGACCUUUGUUGUUAAAGAAUAAUGUUAGAACACUUUAAGUUAGUAACCUAGCUACUUCAAAUCACCAAAAUCUAUUGGCUAAAUUGCCUGCUCAAAAUAACUAAAAAAUACACAUUUAACUUUCUGUUGAUUAGUAAAAACUAUACAAAGGCAUAUUUCAUAAUUAUCUUUUGACUUUUACGAAUUAAAGUAAAAAUCAUUCACCAUACAACAUCUCUCCAAUUUAACAAUUCAUUGGUAAUAUAUUUUUUAUGAGUUACAUAUGAUUGUAUUGUAGAGUAUUAUAUUGCAGUUCACUAAAACCUCUAUCAUAUGGAUAUAGAAAGGCUACAGGAAAGGCUGAAAUGAGUGUAUAUAAUCUAUUACAUCGUUUUAUUAAUACAGGUAGAAGCUGUUUGUAAGUUUAAGGGCCAUAGUCACCAGCAUUCAGCCAGGUUGGCUUCUGUAAAAUUUUCUUAUUGAUAGCUAAUAUUGGAUCUGACAAAUAUAUGUGAAGCAUGCUACAUCUAGAGCAAUAUAGUUCUUAACAAUUAGUCACUAUUUAUGUACUUACAUAGAUGAUAGCACUCGAGUGAAUCAACUUAUAGUUCAAAACCCAGGAGACAUUAAAUAGACAAGAAUCAAGUUAUUUCAUUUAUUUUUUAGUGAUAUUACAGUACAAAGACUUAAUUUGAUUCCUGUGUAUUUAAGCUUAAUGUCUCAUGAGCAUUGAACUGCAAGUUGAUUUGCUUGGGUGCUAUCAUCUAUUUAAGUACAAAAUAGUGACUAACUGUAAAGACCUAUUUUGUUUUUAUUUCACAGAUUAAAUAAAAUUGCUCUAUUGUCAA